GGCCGGGCUGGUGGCGCUGGACCUCGCGGGCGGUGGAGCUGGGCUGAGGCGAGAAAGAAAGGAGGCAUCCUCCGUGGUCUUCUCAUUCACAGGUUAAGGCUACCUUUCCAGAUAGUCCAACAACUAAGUCACCAGUUUCCAAGAGCAUUUGCACCACCAGUGGAAAACAUCGGCGCCAUGUACACCCGAUGUCCUUGACAACCGAUCCCCACUGUCCCCCUGCUCCAGCGAACAACGAAGGCAGCCAAUGAGUUUCUUUUCAUUACCAAGUAGAUAAAAUAUCCCUGCCAACAAAGCAGAGUACACCAGUGUCUCACAAUAUAAUGACCAUUUGAGACCACACUCAGAAUAUCGGCUAGCCUAGAUUCUCUUCCUGGGUAGUCGGGAUUUGAAGGAGAGACUCUAACCUUGCUGCUGGUAAGUGACUAACACUUUUACACACAGAACUGGUCCUGAGAACUAAGAUGUCUUCUCUGUAAUCGAAGAAUAUACAGCGUAAUCUUGAAGAGCUGCACAGAGAUGUGACCCAGAGGCAUACUAUACUGUGUGUGUCAUGGACUGAGAAACAAAUUAAUCUUGUGGAAAGGAUUUUUCAUCUUUUUUUUUUUUUUUUUUUUUUUUUGUGCCAGUGUUAGUGUUUUGCUGGCAUAGAUUGGUACCUUCUUCUGAUUCCUUCUUCUGUUGUACUCCAAUGGGUCCCAGAAAUCCCUCUCCUGACCCUUUAUCAGACUCAGAAAGUGAGGAAGAAGAAAAUGCUGACUACCUGAAUGAGAGUUCUGGGGAAGAGUGGGAUUCCUCUGAAGAAGAUAACCCUGUGAUGCCCAACCUCACGCCUCUAGAGAGUCUUGCGUGGCAGGUUAAGUGCCUUUUAAAAUAUUCUACCACUUGGAAACCUUUAAAUCCUAAUUCCUGGCUCUAUCAUGCUAAACUCCUGGACCCGAGCACACCUGUCCAUAUACUUCGAGAGAUAGGUCUGAGACUCUCCCAUUGCUCCCACUGUGUACCCAAACUGGAACCAAUUCCUGAAUGGCCCCCUCUGGCUUCAUGUGGAGUUCCACCUUUUCAAAAGCCCCUUACCAGUCCCAGCCGACUUUCUAGAAACCAGGCCACUCUAAAUGGAGCACUGCAGUUUGCUACCAAACAGUUAAGCCGAACACUGAGCAGAGCUACUCCCAUACUUGACUACCUAAGACAGACCCCAAACUCAUGUGUUUCUGGUUGUUGUUGUGGCUGGUUAACUAAAACAGUUAAGGAGACAACCCGUACUGAACCCAUCAACACCACUUACUCCUAUACUGACUUCCAGAAGGCAGUUAACAAACUCCUAAAUGCAUCGCUGUAAAGAUCGACCACUUGCCAGAUAGCUCUCAUGUUGCCAGUUGAGAAGGAAGUACAGAGUUCCACAGCCCACAGCUGAGAGACUGCUGCCUUCUCAUACAAUGCUCUGUCCUGACAAGCCAGAGUACUUCCAGGGACAGAAUGUACACCCAGGAAUCCCCUAAUCUUCUAUAGAAAAUGUGGGUUGUAUGCUCUUGGAUAGGCCCUGUGGAUAAAAUGAGAACAUCAGUGGAGAAAUGGUCAGCAGCAACCAUAUUACAAAAAGUAAAUUGACUGUUCACAUUCAGUUCUCCCCACUUUGCUCUCUCAGUGAACUCUUAAAGUAGAUAUUUUUUAAUUUGAAGAAAAAAGUAGGCCACUACUCCCUGUGUCACCCAGUCUUCGGAACCACAUUAUGGAAAGUGGAGUCAUUAACUCCCAGUGACAUCUUUCAGAGCAUGCUCGUCUCUGACAUUCAUUGCUAGAGGGAGUUAAAUUGAAUAACGACAAAAGGAAAUGAUGGGGCUAUGGAUUUAUCUUCCAGCUUUUAUGUAGAUAGACCUAGAUAAGGUACCCUAUUGGGCUUUCUGAUUCUUGGGGAGAGAAUGCAGUUUCAGACCCAGUCUACCCUGCCCCAGACCUGUUAUGGUAUCUAUAAUACAGCGUAAAUUCUGUCACAGGCUCGUGCCGGCUUGACUUUGAAUUGGCCUAUAAGACCAUACCUUGGGAUUUGUUUUAAACAAACACCUGUCCUAACAAUAGUAUGUUUCCUGCAUCUUGGAACCCGGACCUUAGUCGCGAGUAAGUAAAACACAUUUCAGAAGACCAGUGGGAAAGGAGUGAGGACAUUUAUGCUUCACAUUAAUUCUAGUGGACUGGAACAUUUUAUUUGUAUAGUGUUUCCUGCAGCAAUAGUUUAUGCACUUUCCAUACCCUUUGCAAACUUCAGGAAUCUUUUUAACUUAAGACCCUUACUACAGAGCAUCUCAGUCUAAUACAGUCUGAGAUUGAUGUUUUUUAUCAUUAUUUUUCUAUAACGGUUGAACAAGGAAGAGUAUCCUUAUAAGAGAGUCUUGCUGUAUUUAGUUGAGUCAAAACAUAGAAAUCAAUAUAAAAUUGGCAUGAAACCACUGAAUCUUUUCACACACCUACAAUAAAGAGGGAGUCAGAAAAUCAGUUGUUAAAGAUACAUCUUUAUUCUUAUGUUGGUUUUACUUUUUUCUGUUGGCCAUAUUAAGUGCCGUGUGCAAUGUGGCAUCAAAGCGUUGAAACGUUAUUGGAAUCACAUCUAUAAAUGUAUAGCAACUUUCUAAAGAGAGAAUGUUUAUAAUCUAGUGAGAAUUUUUGCUGAGACUAGUUAUCUUAAGGAAAAGGGAGCAUUUUAGUAGGUAGUAAGAAUAUUUGUUAAUGGAAAAUUACUGAACUGAUAGUGCAAAAUGAAUGUAUCAGAAACUAUUCUGUGUAAAUGUUCUGUAAAAAAUUGUUUUGCAAUUUUUUAAAAUGUUACAAGAAUCUGUGUCGUCUUUAAAUGGGGAAGAGGGAGGAAGGUCUGAAAAUUAAAGUAUGUUGAUAUUUAUGUAAUCAGAACAUACUCUUCUCUGUGUGUGUGUGUGCGCACAUGCCUCUCAGUAAAGAUGCCUUGGUCACGAACUCAUUUUGCUAUUCACUCAAAGGAAACCUUUCUCCAUCUUUGCAGCUGAAUAAACCAACAGCUUUGUACAUGCUGAACAGAGUACAGUCAUUUGUUCUCCACAAAUGAAAUAGACCCUGCUAGGCUUAAGGCAUCAAUGUUCUAUAAAUGCUGAAUAGAGUCAGUAGAUACAGCAUACACAUCUACCAGAUAGAUGACUUUGAAGCUGUAGAAAUGAAACACACUUGAAGAAAAUGUCAGAUACUCUAUCAAGACCCAGCUUUCAACCCAUUUGUUUGUCCAUAUGAAGUAAUUCCAGAUUGCACAAAUUUUUAUGUACCUGAAUAAGCCUUUUUUGUGUGUCGUGUAUGUCAGGUUAGGGUGAAUUUGCACUUUCGUACACUCCCUGCAUGGGCCUUCCCAUUAGGAUAAAGAAGGAAAUGAGCCUCUAGAAAUAUAGAAGGAGUAAGGAAACAAGAUUUCUAAAUCCACAACCAUUAAUGUUAUUUAAAGGCACUGUUCUCUCUCCAUCUAGAUAGGUAGCUUCUUGUUAAAGCAAUCCAUAUUUGUUGAGCCCAGGAGACCACAGACAUGUCUUUAAAUCCCACCAGCUUCCUAAGAGAAUUUUAAAAAAAUGGAUACAUGGCAGGAGGAGGGCAAAAGGCUGCCUUUAGGGAAUUAUCCUGCUGGGGGUCCUAUCACAGAAUUUCUCUAGGAAGAGACAAUGUUUUGAUAUUAGUAGAUUAUUAAAACAACUAGGGACCUUAGAUGCCACUUAGGUUAUUUUUUUACUGAUACAUAAAUUCUCAUAUCUCAAAUGAUUUUCUAUUUUUGACUCCAAUGUUAGAGAACUCUGUCUUUUGGAACAACAUAUCUGUUUUAAAUCUCCUGUUAGAUUAGUCAUUCAUCAGGUAGCAUUACCAUGUGCCUGCUAUAAUCCUGAUGCUGGGAGUGCAAAGUGAAAUAAAAAAAAAAAACUUCAUAAGAAAUUAGUUUUAAAAUACAUUUAACAUUUAACCACUGUAAUUUGCCCCAAGCUUUUGACCACUGAUGCCAUUUCUGCUUUCUUGGAUCUAGUCCUAACACCUUUAGUCUGAACAUGGCUUAUAAUGGGGAAUCACAAAAGUGACUGGGACAGCCAUUCAAGUGCAGUGGGAAUGUGUAUGGAGAGUGUGCUCCCCUAAUUAAACCCCUUAAACCCUCACUAGUAGCCAAGGGGAUAAAUAGGUAUUUUAGAAGCAUGUGAAGUUGUAUGUGCUAAAUUCACAAGGCAUUGACAUGUUUUGUUCAUGUUACUACAAUAUAUAGGAAAGCCCAGAAAAUGGAUAAACUUCAGAGACUUCAUGAAACAAUUUAUGUCAACUGCUGGCAUAUGAUUCCACCAAUGAGCAACAGAAAGUUGAUGGAGAUACAAUAGCUGAUAUCGGCCACUGGGUAUUUCAUCUGUGUCAAAUUGCUAUUAAAAGAAAAAUAUCUGUGAUGCAUCUCUGCCAAUUUAAAAACAAUCUUGAUGGUGCUUAUGAUUUUGUGAUCAUUGAAUGUAAUGCCCUACUCUUCCAGUUGGUGGCAGCAGGAGGCUCAUACAUGGAUACUAUGAAGGUUUGGGGUAUGAGACAAAAAAAGAACAAUACCGCAAUAAUCUGAUACUUACAGACUGCCCAUCUUCUGUUACCUGGGAGAGUCACAAUGAGUUCUUUUCAAUGAGAUAUGGGAAAGAAAUGCUUGACUGAAAUAAUUUGGAGUAUCAAGCAGACAGUACCAGAGUUAUCGCUCCCAAACAGCAUGGAGUCAGUUUAAAAAUGUUAGCUCAGUGUAGGUUUGGAUCAUAGUUCGGGAAGACAUAUGACAUGAAUAUUCCUGGGAUCAUUUGGGAGGUUGUGCCUUAUUCCCUGGGCUUAAGAGUAAUUGCAGCUCAUGUUAUUUGUUUAAAUGUCUUGGGUUGCCAGAUAUAGCAGAAAUACAAGAUGGUCAAUUAAAUUUGAAUUUCAGAUAAACAAUGAAAUAUAGGACAUACUUCUACCAGAAAAAAAAAAUCUGAAAUCAUAUUUAACUGGCACCCUAGAUGUUAUCUGGAAACCCUGCAAAUUUAGCAUUGAUCCAGGUAACAUUGAUUCAGCUUGGGCUGUAGUCUUGCAGUUAUUCCCAGGAAGCAGCCCAGCUCUUCCCAUUAUGUGUUGCUGUCUUACAUCCAAAUACUUGAUGAGGGGAAAGAGAUGCUUACACACAGUUGACCCAAGGAUACAACUGCUGUUGAGAGGUGGAAGAGGAAGCUUGGUUGCAAAUAUAAGAAUUUUUAUAGAAGACACAUAGCUGGCUAAAAUAAUCACACAACCUUUCGGACAUUGCCAGACACAAAUUUUUUAAGUACUAUCUCAAAAACAGGUACUUUGGGUUUGUGGGUUUUGUUUGUAUAUAUAUUUUAGCGGUGACUUUCUCACUCACUAUAAAAGGGAAAGAUUAAGUGUAUUGCUUUUUUUAAAGAUAUUUGCUAGGUAGCACAAUUCUGGCACUCACUCAUCAUCACAGAAAUUUGGAACACACCUUCCAGAACUCCCCAAAGACCCAAGGAUUUGAAGAACAAGUUAACCUGGAAGAUGGGAACGAAGCGCAAAGUUGAGAACAAGGGGAUUACUUGAAAGUAUGUUUUUGCCCUCCUUUUGUAAUUAGGCAACCAUGCCUCUUAUGCCUCUUUUCUAGCAAAAGAUUGGAGGAUUGUGGAGCAACUAAGCCCCACUUGGACAUAGAACUGAUAUGUGUGAAGGAGAGAAUGCUGGUGUUCCUAGGCUCUAUGCUGAAAAGAGUGUUGAGAGAAU